AUGGAAAUCUCGAGUGGACCCUUCUUCACCACAUCAACUGGUCUUAUUGAUAGUAUCGACAAGAAAUUGAUGGUCGUUUUAAGAGAUGGUCGCAAAUUAAUUGGCACAUUGCGAUCUUUUGAUCAGUUUGCAAACCUCGUCUUGCAAGAUACAAUUGAAAGAAUUUACGUGGGCAACUGUUAUGGUGAUAUUCCAAGAGGUAUCUUUUUAAUCCGUGGUGAAAAUGUUGUAUUGCUUGGCGAAAUUGAUCUGGAUAAGGAAGAGCAAAUCAACUUAAGGCAGGUGCCUGUCGAAGAGAUUUUGGUUGCACAGCGUGAAGAGAUUGAGGCAAAGGAGAAGGUUGAAAAGAUUAGAAGUAAAAUCUUGCAUGAUCAGGGAUUCUGUGUUGAUUCUGCACAAAACGAUUUGUAUUGA